AUGAGCCGGAGCCUUGCUAUUUACUUUAAGCUCUAUUCGGUCAUCGUACUAAAUUGGGUGAAAAUAUCGAUGCAAGUUUGGUCGAACUCAAAUAAUGCUUCGUCUGUUGCACCUCCGGCCAAUGGGGACCGCGAUCCAAUGCAUUCCAUGCCUGUGACUGCUGAAUCCGUCCCUCCCACUCUGAAUGCAUUUGAUAGCUCUAUAUUCGCCUCACUUAUAUCGGAAAGCGAUGAAAAACCCCUUGUCGAUUUAAAAUCUGAUGUGAUCUCGAAUGCCGAUUUGCAAAUUGGCUCUGCAAUGCCAAAGCCUGACCUCGGUUCGCUUUACGGUGGACUUCAAUCUAGCACCCAGACCAACAACACUUGUGAUGUCGCCACGACCCACCGUACCGUGUUUCCUGCAAACCCGCAGUUGCAGACUUUGCCUUGCCAAAGCAGCUGCGUCAGCGGUUCCCUAAACUACCCAUAUACUCCUACUCUGUAUUCGCCAGUUACACCCGUCUCCCCUCAAUACUUUCAAUCCGCGCCUCCCACAGUGGCAAACCACCGUGCUCUACCUCAUCAGCAGCAGGGCUCUUACUCCCUUCCUCCUCUCCGGUCCUACUCGUACAAUCAAUCGUUCAUCACUGGUGCUUAUCCUAAGCCUUAUAAUUACACCAUUGGAUCAGAUGGUUCAAUUUCACCAUAUCAUCGGUCGGUUCCAUCGACGUCUGUAAAGAAAGUCACCUACUUAUGUAGUGCUCGAAAUUGUGCCAUAUGCGGAGCCACGGCUACUGGCAAGCACUACGGGGCUCUGUCGUGUGAUAGCUGCCGUGCCUUCUUUGGAACGGCCACUCAUCUGGGUUUACGAUGCGAGUGCUCUGGUAAAUCGAACAUCCACGACAACAACCAUCAGCUUCGUUGCCAUUCCUGUAGGCUAAGGAAGUGCCUCGCUGUGGGAAUGCGCAAAGAAGCUGUUCGAUUUGAGAAGUCCCAUGCAAUGCUCCUUUACCCCAACGAGAAGGACUAUUCCAGCGUUGCACCAUCACCCGCCUCAUCAAUAUGUUCUCAUGAAAGGGCGGACAAUUUAGUAGGUUCGAGGUCGAGUCCAGCUACUGAGGCUACUGUCAAACAAAUUAGGGCGGCAGAAGCACUCAUCUUCGACGUUCCUCCUCUCGACUUACCGGAGAGUAAACCAAUCUUCAUGGAUGGAAAGGACUGUGAUUCUCUGCAAACCGACAUCCAAGAAUCAAUUAUAAACUUACUCCUUUGGUCUCAGAAGAUUCCUCUUUUCUCUGACUUUUCAGAUUCUGAUCGGUUUAUUCUCCUGAGGGCAGGUUGCAUUGAGUUGUUAUUGGUCCACUUCAUCUCCCGACUGGCAAAUUCUCUCACUGAAUCCCACUCAUCGACGUCGCUACGGUCUUCGAAUCCACCUUUACAGGAAAGUUCCCCCAGUACCUCGGUGACCCCUAUCGAGUCCACUACUACUCCCCCUACCCCACUCAAUAUCCCUGUUGUUGUCGUUGACGUCCUUUUCCCCUUCCACUCCGCUCCCAAAGAUAUCCUCUUUAGCCAACAGGCUGAAUGUGAUUUACGUAACGCUGAUCGUUGGCAUGAAUCUCGUGUUCUCAUGAACAUCCUCCCUGUCGAUGUUGACCAUCAUCCCAUCAGCAUUACUGACGUCCCUAACGAAUUGAAUGCCCAGUGCCUAUCCAGACGCCUCAUUUUGUGUCGCCUCUUUGAUCUGGCUCGCCUCUUCAAACGCCUUUGUCUCAGUGUGGAAGCUGUGGGCUGUCUACGCAUGGUUAUCCUUUUCAACCCCGACGUACCCGAGCUGACAGAGGCGACUCGUGAACGCGUGGAGAGUAGACGAGACGAGGCAUUCAUCUGCCUCGAGCAUACCUUCGUAAAGGCAGAUAAGAAGACGGCUCUCGGUCGUAUGGCUCAAAUGUGUCUUCACCUGGCUGAUCUCUCUUUCGUCGCCGAGCGCAUCUACUCAAAAACCUCUUCCCAUCCUUAUCCCUCUUUUCAAUGUCUUGUCGAUCUUCUUGAGUGUUUUUACAAAUCCGACCCCAUGGCCACUCCCAAAAGUCACACUCAGCUUCAAGUACUUGGAACGACUAUGAGCUCUCUCUUUCUUUUCAUUUUCGCUUUGACCCUCACCGCACAGGUCUAUUCUACACCUGCUCAUCCCCCACUCAGUGAAGAGGAGUGGUUAGAAAAAGCAGAACAACUUGAUCACGAUGGAAAUACCUAUGGAAAGGCACCUGAGGAAGUCUACGAAAUCGAACAUAUUCACAUGCUACACUAA